AUGGCCACGGAUUACCUGUGGAUUGAGGGGAUCCCUUUCCACUGGACCACCAUCCGGGACCUGAGGUCCCUGCGGGACGGGUUCCUGGUGAGGGACCAGGAUGUCAUCACGCUGUCCUACCCAAAGUCAGGAACCAACUGGAUCAAGGAGAUCACCAAUCUGAUCCACACGCGGGGCGACCCCAGCUGGGUGCAGUCCGUGGUCAGCUGGGAGCGCUCGCCGUGGAUCGAGACGCCCGAGGGGCUCGAACUUAUCGAGAAGCAGGGAGACCCGCGGUCCUACACCUCCCACCUCCCCGUGCACCUCUUCCCCACGUCGCUGUUCACGUCCAAGGCCAAGGUUAUUUACAUCAUGAGAAACCCCAGGGAUGUGAUCGUUUCCGGGUACCAUUUCCACAAGACGCUGAAAAUCACCAAAAAUCCAAGCUCGUUUGAAGAGUAUUUUGAGUGGUUCCUUCGAGGAAACGUGCCCUUCGGCUCCUGGUUCGACCACGUGGGCGGCUGGCUGCAGAUGAGGGGAAAAGAGAACUUCCUGUUUAUAUCCUACGAGGAGCUGCAUCAGGACAUCAGAGCCAGCGUGGAGAAGAUCAGCCGGUUCCUGGGCACCGAGCUGAACCCGGAGGAGAUGGACUCCGUGCUCCAGCACGUCACCUUCCAGGCCAUGAAGGACAAUAAGAUGAGCAACUUCUCGCUGGUCCCCGACAUCCACAUUGACCACAGCAACAUGCGUUUCAUGAGGAAAGGCAUCGCCGGGGACUGGAAGAACCAGCUCACCGUGGCCCAGACGGAAGCCUUCGACAGGGUUUACCGAGAGAAGAUGGCGGGGCUGCCCCCGGGCCUCUUCCCGUGGGAUUAG